AUGCCUCGUCCCCGGCACUCGGCGAGGGCUUAUCGAGAGAUGGUGAAAGAGCACUCUACUGUCGAAAGGGCAAGAGGCGAUUCUGUAGCUCGUGAAGGAAAUGAGUUCAAUUUACCAUUAUCUCGGCGAAUUGGCUGCGGGUGCGACGAUGUACAGCGUUCGUUGGAGUUGUUGGAUCAGGUGUUGAGCGAAUACGACGAGGGAGAACCUCGGUCAUUGGAGGCGCGUGCGCCACCCACGCCGGCUACACCGGCAACCCCAGCCACACCGGCCACCCCCGCAACUGACGACGAUUCGCCACUUGCUGGACACACCUCCGAAGACGAUGGCUACAUGAGCAUGAACGGCAGGAGAGCGAAAUUCGCUUUGGGUUUCCGUCCAACAGAGGAACGCGAAGAGCCUUCGCCCCCGGAUCCGCCAUCACCUCAUUCGCCACCGCCGCCUGAGGAAGCAGAAAGAAUCAUCUCUACACUACUGCCAAAAGUAUCGCCAGCGAAUUCAGCGAAGCGAACAACGUCAGUAGAGCAGCGUGAAGCAGAAGAGCGAUUGGACUCCAUCAUCAGUGUAAAUGGAAUCACGACAGCUACACAAACUACUUUCCCAAAAACAAGGCAUCAGCGUCCUUAUGGUUGGGAUAAAGAUAACGAAAAAAACAAUUUCCAACUCCAGCAACCCCCGGUACCUCCGUACAGGUUCGCAUCACUGCAACAUGGAGCUCGUCCGCCACAACCCGACACCGCCCCAACUUGGCUACCGCCGCGACAACAUACACCACCUUCCAACCUAAAAAAGUCACCGAGUAUAGAAAACCCACCGAUGUUUCCUUUCAUGGGGUUUUCAUCAGAGUUUACAGACAAACCAUACAAUGAACACCCAGUCACUAUAUACCCGGGCCCAAAUAUACAGUACAAUAAGCAAUUGCAUUCACCUACAUACAAUUUACAAAAAGUUUCACCAUCUAAUACUAAAAAUUCAGAGAAGAAGGCUAGUAUGAAACGCGAUAGUAGAUCGGAUGGAGAAUUGUUGUCGCCAAAAGGUAAAUUACCUCCGCGAACUCUCGCUGGUUCUAUGGAGAGACAUAGAGAAGUGUGUAGAGGUUCUUCGGAGGAUGUGGUGGGGCAUGGCAAGAGAAGAAGUUCGAGUAAAAGUAACGACGAAGAACAUUUUUCGGACGAUUCGCUUGAGGACGCAUUUCCUCCGCCGCCACCAGCAGUUACAACACCUUCGAAACGAAAUUCGAUAGCUUGGGAAGUUUCACUUGAUGGUGAUGAUCCUUUGCUUACCCCAGGCAGCACAAAGGUAAUUGGCCGACGAAGAAGAAAAUCUGGAGAUCAAUCGCAUUCAAGUACAAGUUCUAUACCGCAAAGAGUAGACGACGAUUGGGGCGAUGAAUACUGGCCACCACCACCACCGCUGACGCAUUGUGAGACUCUUGCGUCACCGACUUCCGACGUCGAGCCCGAUGGGCGACGGUUGCAGGAUCUAGCGUCUGGUACAUACGUCAUUCGCAAAGGCAAAAGCCGUAAACAACUACCAAGCUUUAAUAAAAAUACAAACAGCAAAUCACCCACCAGCAAUAUUAUCCAUAGUAAUAGUUUGAAUAGAAGUGUGGAUACAGACAAGUCGAUAGAUGGAUCGAGCAUAUCAAUCAGUGGAUCUGGAUCGGUUGGGUCAUACAACUCAAGACCAAGCUCGGAUUUAAGCUUGCCACAAUCUCGAUACAGUGUAGACUUAAACUCGCGUCUAAGUCGUGAACUCAACACUCCAAAUUCUAGAUAUAGUAUAGAUCUCUGUACACCAAAUUCCAGACUGAGCAAAGAAAUAACGUCACCAAAAUCACGACUUAGUUUAGAUCUCAACAAUGGCCAAGAUAGGUGUAUUUCCCAAGAAUAUUUUGGUCAUAGCCCUAAGAGUAGAAAAACACAUAGUGAGACAAACGCACAUUCAUCCAAAGCCCAGAAUAAACUAUCGCCACAAAAUAGAUUUACGGAUUUUAAGAAAUAUUCAUCAACUUUUGAUAAUUUUCAAUCAUUAAUAAAAGAAGGCAAAGUUGAGGAGGCACCGCAGAUUGAAUGCAACGAAACUGUUAAUGAACUUACCACUGUGCCUCCUAACAUAGUAAGAGUAGUUUCUUUACCUAGCCUCGGAGCAGACGGUGAGGGCAACAGUGCUAGUCGACAAGCACUUAUUACCACUGUCGAAGAGGAGGAGGACCAGGAAAGUGGCGACCCUGGCUCCAGUGGUGAUACUUCACCACUUCGCAAAAUCGAAAACAAUAUUAGCGCUAUAUUAAGUCAAGGACGGGACCAAAAACAUUUUACCCCCUAUAUACCUAAAGACUGGAAUAUCCAUAAGGAUGAAUACUGUGAUGAUGUAUCUAAAGACAUAUUAGAAUACAAUUUCCGGUAUAGUUCUAGAGAGAGACAAAAGAGACAUGAUAUUCAGAAAUCUUCGAGUCAUAAUGAAAUACAGAACCAACGAUCGAUUGACAGACGUGAUCGAUCGAAACGAUCAAAUAGUAUGCACAAGUCUACAAGCGCUAAAGACGUACCUGUUAGCUUGAUGCGACAACCCUCUUCAUCAGACUCAGCUGUGUCAAGCGGCGGUGAUUUUCCAUUAAAUGUUCAGAUAGUAGAACAUUCAUAUAGACAUCCACCACUUCCUCCAUCGCCUAUCCUAACUCAUGAAAUGGGGCCUUUGCCACAAACGCCGGAAUCCCCCAAAUUCCCUCCUCUGCCUCCUUCACCUGUUCAAGAAGUAGACGAUGAAUAUACAGAAAUAGUGCAACAUGCCGAGCUAAGACAUUUAAAGAAAGCUGAUACUCUGCCGACACCGACAUUGGAGUCAAGAAGAAGGCCUUCGGAAGCCCCGGCCGUGCCCCCGCACCGCGAUACCACAAAUAGUCUAAAGACGCGGUCAAUGGAAACCAGCUACAACAAAAACAGGAGAAACAGCACUAAUUUCAAAAGUGGUUCAACAGAUAGACGCACUUUGCCCACAGAUAUAGGAGCAAGUGGUGCUCGACGGCGAACACUGCAGCGCCAAAGUCGUGAAGCAGCAGCAGCUGUAGGUCGUGGCCCACUACAGACAUCUGCAAGUUUACCUGAAACACCAGUAUUUGCUCGAGGUUGUGACGUGCCUCGCACUCCACCUCGUAACUCAACUGGACCUCCCAGAAACAACACCAUGACAUCAAUGCAGUCUAUAGGGAGUGCAGUGACCCUGGGCGGCUACGGGCGUGGAUCCGUGAUGGGUGCAGCCGGAGUUUGCACCGGAGCAGACUUACUUCGGCUCGGUGGACCUCCGAGAGGCUGGUACCCAAGACAGAGACACCGGCCGGCUUCUACGGAACAUCUCGACAGACUAACAGCGUCAUCAAAGGUAGCGGUAGAAAACCCCGUGCCUUGGGAAGGAAGUACUGGUGCUCGCAAACCCCUCACAUUGCCGCCUAACUUGACACCCAAGUUCUUUCAAAAAUCCCCCAGAGAGGCGCUUCGCAGGGUAACCAGCUUACUAAUAAGAAAAGGGAACAAUGGAAAAGAGAAAGAAAAUUCUCGAAACAAGGAAGCCACGUCGCCAGCUGCUCGCUCCGCCAACGGGGAGAGACGGUACGCACAUGCUGCGUCCCCGGGGGCUGCGGCGCGGACCGCGCAGUCGCAGCCGCCACCCUCGUGCACCCCGCGCUCGCACUCCGCUCAUACCCCGCCAACCUCCGCCCGCACCUCGCUCCCCGCUUUGCAGGGGCGACGAGCCAGGACACCCCAUUUUACAACAUUUUUGCGGAAAUUGGAAUCCUCUAUAGAUCUUUGA